GACGCAAGACACGAACCAUACUCUGAUAUCUCUUUAUCUGUGGAAGAGCCAGAUGUUUUGAUCUCUCCACCACGCUCUCCUAGUAGACUUGAUUUCUUUCAUGAAGAAGGCGGCGCUCUUGGUUACUCUGAAUCAGAUGCAGACGCAGAACUACCGAUUUCAAGGGUCAAGUGGGCACGCGGCUUCUUCCGUAGCGGCCCGGCACUCGCGAAGUUCACGGAAGAAGAGGAGGAAGAGGAGGAGCCUCUCAUCGGUAUACCGAUUCUCCAAAUGAAUGACCAUAACAUCAAUUCCCAGACAGACUUCGAAGACGAGCCCCCAUGCGUCCCAUUCCCACCUCCACUUCAGACAGUCACUACGGAGCCUUUUGCACCAGAACCUGUUCGCCAUGCUACGCUUCCACAUGAAACAAAGGUGCAAAUCCCAACUCCUGUGUCACGUGUCCACACGCAGCGUCUGAACUACCCUCACCGCGGAUUUUCACGGAGUGCCUUGUUGCAUCAAAAGUCUUUCUGGACAGCGCGCCAUGAUGAAUGGUUGGAAUGGCAGGCCAAAGAGGUGAAACGACGAAUAGACCACAGUAUAUGCGCACAAGGCCCUGGAAGUACGUAUGCUGGCAUUACGCUCGCAGAUACUCAGGAAAUCUCUGGGCUACCAUCACAAAUCUGCGUGCCUCUAUCUGGCUUGGAGCGUGACUUUGAGGGUGACUUGAACGCGCCGAUCUACCCUCGUGUGGGCGAUAUCUCUGCGCUUCGUGAUCCAUACUCUGCCAAUGUCGACCGGUGCUUCUUCAGGUUUCCGCUGUGGACCAUUCACAAGACGCUCUAUGUAUUCGACAUGCAUCAAAGGGCAGUCCAUAUUUCCGACCAGAUACAAGGUUCUGCAUCCUCAGGAAGCCUGCAAUCGUCGGCCGGUUCAACGACAUGCGAUGAUGAGGAUGUGACCCUUGUUGCUGACUAUGAACCACCCUUCGAGAAACAAACGCUUGACAACGGGUCUCGUCAAGAAUGUCUACCACCUGAAACUCCAAAAAGAUCUCUGCCGUGUACAUGGGAGGCUAUUCGCGCCUGGGAGCUGAACUGGUACGCUCGCUGGGAGCUACUCAUUGGUCUCGUACAGCGCGACGAAGCCCUCCGCCAGGCAGCGCCGCUUUCGCCGUCGAUAACUCCCCCCCGGCUCGUAGAUGAAGACCUUUCACUGCCAAAAGGACUCCUGGAACCGUUCACCCCGAAAGCUCCCACACCGAUAAUCCACUUUCCUGGCGAAGAUGGAGAGGGGGAUAAUGGAGACGAAGAAGACGAUUAUGGUACCUUGGUUGCAAACCCGAUUUACAACGUUGACGAGAUGUUCAAGGAGGGGUAUCACCGUGCAGUAAAUUUUUUCACCAAAGAUCGAGGGCUGAAAAGAGAACGUCGCCUGCGAACAGUGUCUGGGUAG